UAGCAGGCGGCUUGUCAUUGCUGGUGCCCGGCGCCGGCUCGGUCCGCGCGUCCUGCGGUGCCCACGGGCCCGGCCCGGCGCCCCCCCUCCGGCCGCACCGGGGGCGCGACGCCGCGGCACCCGCCUCCAGCCGCGCUGCCCCCCUCCGCCAGCUCCGCGCCGCCCGCCCCCAACCCGAGCUCCCCGCGGCCACUGCGGGGAGCCCGAGCCGUCGGCGCGGGAGCUGUCGGCGCUGCGGUGCCCCCGCCCCGCCGUCUGCCGAGGAGGCCCCGGCUGAUGGGGCCGCGCGGGCCCCGGAGCCGCGCCGCCGGGCGGCGGGGGCCUGCAGGGGCGCCCCGGCUGCACCGUUAACCCCUCGUCCACCGCCGCCGUCGGAGGGGGCUGGGAAGUCGCCUGGGCGCACACGUGCCGCCUCCGUCGGGGCCGCGGAGUUGCGGGGGAGAUGCGGGCCGCUGCCGGCGCCGCCUCGGGGCGCUCCGCCUCGCCCCAGCCCCUGGCGCUCUGACGCCGCCCCCGCCCCACCGCCUCCCUCCCCGGGAGGGGCGCAGACCCGAUCGCCCCCAGUCCCGAGCCUCCGCCGCCGCGAGGGGGCCGCCUUUGGAUCCGUGUAAUCCGCCUCUUUUUUUUUUUUUCUUUUUUUUUUUUUUUUCCUAAUUUUUGGUCGGUGGCGGCGGUGCUGGGCCAGGGGAAGGAAGGGACACGGAGGCCGCCCUCGCCCCGCCACCUCCUACCCGCUUCCCCCCAACCCCGGCUCCGGGAGAUGUGCCGGGCGGGGGGCCCGGGUUCGCGGAGCCGCAGGAGAGACACGCUGGGCCGACCCCAGAGCGGCGCUGGACAGGCUGGUGGUCCAGGCCGUGGUGCCUGCCAGGUGAUGCGGGGCGAAGCCCCCCGCACAGGCCACUGAGAGCCCCGGACACGCACCCGGCUGCCACCAUGGCCCGCCUAGCCGCAGUGCUCUGGAAUCUGUGUGUCACCGCCGUCCUGGUCACCUCGGCCACCCAAGGCCUGAGCCGGGCCGGGCUCCCGUUUGGGCUGAUGCGCCGGGAGCUGGCUUGUGAAGGCUACCCCAUCGAGCUGCGGUGCCCCGGCAGCGACGUCAUCAUGGUGGAGAAUGCCAACUACGGGCGCACAGACGACAAGAUUUGCGACGCCGACCCUUUCCAGAUGGAGAAUGUGCAGUGCUACCUGCCGGACGCCUUCAAGAUCAUGUCACAGAGGUGUAACAACCGCACCCAGUGCGUGGUGGUCGCCGGCUCAGAUGCCUUUCCUGACCCCUGUCCCGGGACCUACAAGUACCUGGAGGUGCAGUACGACUGUGUCCCCUACAUAGAAGUGGAGCAGAAAGUCUUCGUGUGCCCAGGGACCCUGCAGAAGGUGCUGGAGCCCACCUCGACACACGAGUCGGAGCACCAGUCUGGCGCAUGGUGCAAGGACCCGCUGCAGGCGGGUGACCGCAUCUACGUGAUGCCCUGGAUCCCCUACCGCACGGACACACUGACUGAGUAUGCCUCAUGGGAGGACUACGUGGCUGCCCGCCACACCACCACCUACCGCCUGCCCAACCGCGUGGAUGGCACAGGCUUUGUGGUCUACGAUGGUGCCGUCUUCUACAACAAGGAGCGCACGCGCAACAUCGUCAAGUAUGACCUGCGGACGCGCAUCAAGAGCGGGGAGACGGUCAUCAAUACCGCCAACUACCACGACACCUCGCCCUACCGCUGGGGCGGCAAGACCGACAUUGACCUGGCAGUGGACGAGAACGGGCUGUGGGUCAUCUACGCCACCGAGGGCAACAACGGGCGGCUGGUGGUGAGCCAGCUGAACCCCUACACACUGCGCUUUGAGGGCACGUGGGAGACGGGUUACGACAAGCGCUCGGCAUCUAACGCCUUCAUGGUGUGUGGGGUCCUGUACGUGCUGCGCUCUGUGUACGUGGAUGAUGACAGCGAGGCGGCUGGCAACCGCGUGGACUAUGCCUUCAACACCAAUGCCAACCGCGAGGAGCCUGUCAGCCUCGCCUUCCCCAACCCCUACCAGUUCAUCUCCUCCGUUGACUACAACCCUCGCGACAACCAGCUGUACGUCUGGAACAACUAUUUCGUGGUGCGCUACAGCCUGGAGUUCGGGCCGCCCGACCCCAGUGCUGGCCCAGCCACUUCCCCACCCCUCAGCACGACCACCACAGCCAGGCCCACGCCCCUCACCAGCACAGCCUCGCCCGCAGCCACCACCCCGCUCCGCCGGGCACCCCUCACCACGCACCCAGUGGGUGCCAUCAACCAGCUGGGACCUGAUCUGCCUCCAGCCACAGCCCCAGUCCCCAGCACCCGGCGGCCCCCAGCCCCAAAUCUACACGUGUCCCCUGAGCUCUUCUGUGAGCCCCGAGAGGUACGGCGGGUCCAGUGGCCGGCCACCCAGCAGGGCAUGCUGGUGGAGAGGCCCUGCCCCAAGGGGACUCGAGGAAUUGCCUCCUUCCAGUGUCUACCAGCCUUGGGGCUCUGGAACCCCCGGGGCCCUGACCUCAGCAACUGCACCUCCCCCUGGGUCAACCAGGUGGCCCAGAAGAUCAAGAGUGGGGAGAAUGCGGCCAACAUAGCCAGCGAGCUGGCCCGACACACCCGGGGCUCCAUCUACGCGGGGGACGUCUCCUCCUCCGUGAAGCUGAUGGAACAGCUGCUGGACAUCCUGGAUGCCCAACUGCAGGCCCUGCGGCCCAUCGAGCGCGAGUCAGCCGGCAAGAACUACAACAAGAUGCACAAGCGAGAGAGAACUUGCAAGGAUUAUAUCAAGGCUGUGGUGGAGACAGUGGACAAUCUGCUCCGGCCAGAAGCUCUGGAGUCCUGGAAGGACAUGAAUGCCACGGAGCAGGUGCACACGGCCACCAUGCUCCUGGACGUCCUAGAAGAGGGCGCCUUCCUGCUGGCCGACAACGUCAGGGAGCCUGCCCGCUUCCUGGCUGCCAAGGAGAAUGUGGUCCUGGAGGUCACAGUCCUGAACACAGAGGGCCAGGUGCAGGAGCUGGUGUUCCCCCAGGAGGAGUACCCGAGAAAGAACUCCAUCCAGCUGUCUGCCAAAACCAUCAAGCAGAACAGCCGCAAUGGGGUGGUCAAAGUUGUCUUCAUUCUCUAUAACAACCUGGGCCUCUUCCUGUCCACGGAGAAUGCCACAGUGAAGCUGGCUGGCGAAGCAGGCCCAGGUGGCCCUGGGGGCGCCUCUCUAGUGGUGAACUCACAGGUCAUCGCAGCAUCCAUCAACAAGGAGUCCAGCCGCGUCUUCCUCAUGGACCCCGUCAUCUUCACCGUGGCCCACCUGGAGGACAAGAACCACUUCAAUGCUAACUGCUCCUUCUGGAACUACUCGGAGCGCUCCAUGCUGGGCUACUGGUCGACCCAAGGCUGCCGCCUGGUGGAGUCCAACAAGACCCAUACCACGUGUGCCUGCAGCCACCUCACCAACUUCGCCGUGCUCAUGGCUCACCGUGAGAUCUACCAGGGCCGCAUCAACGAGCUGCUGCUGUCGGUCAUCACCUGGGUGGGCAUCGUGAUCUCCCUGGUCUGCUUGGCCAUCUGCAUCUCCACCUUCUGCUUCCUGCGGGGGCUGCAGACCGACCGCAACACCAUCCACAAGAACCUGUGCAUCAACCUCUUCCUGGCUGAGCUGCUCUUCCUGGUUGGGAUCGACAAGACUCAGUAUGAGAUUGCCUGCCCCAUCUUCGCCGGCCUGCUGCACUACUUCUUCCUGGCCGCCUUCUCCUGGCUGUGCCUGGAGGGUGUGCACCUCUACCUGCUGCUGGUGGAGGUGUUUGAGAGCGAGUAUUCCCGCACCAAGUACUACUACCUGGGUGGCUACUGCUUCCCGGCCCUGGUGGUGGGCAUCGCGGCUGCCAUUGACUACCGCAGCUACGGCACCGAGAAGGCCUGCUGGCUCCGAGUGGACAAUUACUUCAUCUGGAGUUUCAUCGGGCCGGUCUCCUUCGUUAUCGUGGUCAACCUGGUGUUCCUUAUGGUGACCCUGCACAAGAUGAUCCGAAGCUCAUCUGUGCUCAAGCCCGACUCCAGCCGCCUGGACAACAUUAAAUCCUGGGCGCUGGGGGCCAUCGCGCUGCUGUUCCUGCUGGGCCUGACCUGGGCUUUCGGCCUCCUCUUCAUCAACAAGGAGUCGGUGGUCAUGGCCUAUCUCUUCACCACCUUCAACGCCUUCCAGGGGGUCUUCAUCUUCGUCUUUCAUUGCGCCUUACAGAAGAAGGUGCACAAGGAGUACAGCAAGUGCCUGCGUCACUCCUACUGCUGCAUCCGCUCCCCACCCGGGGGCACUCACGGAUCCCUCAAGACCUCAGCCAUGCGAAGCAACACCCGCUACUACACAGGGACCCAGAGCCGAAUUCGGAGGAUGUGGAAUGACACUGUGAGGAAACAGACGGAGUCCUCCUUCAUGGCGGGUGACAUCAACAGCACCCCCACCCUGAACCGAGGUACCAUGGGGAACCACCUGCUGACCAACCCUGUGCUGCAGCCCCGUGGGGGCACCAGUCCCUACAACACCCUCAUUGCUGAGUCAGUGGGCUUCAAUCCCGCCUCACCCCCUGUCUUCAACUCCCCAGGGAGCUACCGGGAACCCAAGCACCCCUUGGGAGGCCGGGAAGCCUGUGGCAUGGACACCCUGCCCCUGAAUGGCAACUUCAAUAACAGUUACUCCUUGCGAAGUGGGGAUUUCCCUCCCGGGGAUGGGGGCCCCGAGCCGCCCCGAGGCCGGAACCUAGCCGAUGCAGCGGCCUUCGAGAAGAUGAUCAUCUCGGAGCUGGUGCACAACAACCUGCGGGGGAGCAGCAGCGCGGCCAAGGGCCCUCCACCGCCUGAGCCCCCUGUGCCACCUGUGCCAGGGGGCGGGGGCGAGGAAGAGGCAGGCGGGCCCGGGUGUGCUGAUCGGGCCGAGAUUGAACUUCUCUAUAAGGCCCUGGAGGAGCCUCUGCUGCUGCCCCGGGCCCAGUCGGUGCUGUACCAGAGCGAUCUGGACGAGUCGGAGAGCUGCACGGCCGAGGACGGCGCCACCAGCCGGCCCCUCUCCUCCCCUCCUGGCCGGGACUCCCUCUAUGCCAGCGGGGCCAACCUGCGGGACUCACCCUCCUACCCGGACAGCAGCCCUGAGGGGCCCAGUGAGGCCCUGCCCCCACCCCCUCCUGCACCCCCCGGCCCCCCCGAAAUCUACUACACCUCACGCCCGCCAGCCCUGGUGGCCCGGAAUCCCCUGCAGGGCUACUACCAGGUGCGGCGUCCUAGCCACGAGGGCUACCUGGCAGCCCCAGGCCUUGAGGGGCCAGGGCCCGAUGGGGAUGGGCAGAUGCAGCUGGUCACCAGUCUCUGAGGGGACCUCAUGGACCAGGGGGCUGGUGGCCCAGGCCAGGGAGGGAACCCUGGGCAGGGCUCUGGUGGGAGAGGGAAACAGAUGGAGGCAGUGGCUGGUGGGCCACUCUCUCCAGGUGCCCCUCAGCCAUGGGCCCUACAGUCCCCUCAGGGGACUCUGACCUGGGGGCCUGAGGUGCCAGGGUUCACAGACAGGGUUUCCCACCAGCCACAUGCACCAGCUCUAUUUGGGGGAAGUGUAGUGAGGAGGAGCCCAGAGGUCCCCAGGGGAGUGAGGAGGGAGAACUUGGAAGGGUGCAGCCCACUUCCAGACUCUCCCCUCUCCCACCCUUCUACCCUGUGAAGGGAAAUGAGGGCUUUAGUUUCCCUGGGCAGGGAGGGGCAGCUUCUGAGGUUGCCAAAGGCCCCCACUGGAUCGAACCUGUCAGCUGCUCCUCUCUGCAGCCAGAAAUGCUGCGGGCUGCUCCCUGGAGACUGGGAAAAGGCCGAAGGGCAGGGGGACUGGGCGGUGGUGGCUGGUGGUUUAAAGGUUGAACUUUCUCUGAAGCUCCUUUCCCCUUGCUCUUGGUCCCUGCCCCCCAAGCAAACCUGCUCCCUCUGCCUCCCAGUGCACCCAAUGACCCCCUCCCUUGGGGCGACUCCUGAUGAAGCACAACUCCCCGCAAGGCCCCCAGCCCACAGGGGUGGCCAUAUUUGGGCAGUUCCCAGUCCUGUGGGCUCGGCUAUCUGGGGAGCAGAUUUUGGGUCUGGAUCUCCCUGGGGAGUGGGUCCUGGGCUUGGAUCUUUCCCUAGGGGGCCCUCUUACUCCUUCCUCUCUCCUCCUCCUCCUUCCCCAUUGCUGUAAAUAUUUCAACGAAAUGGAAAAGGAAAAAAAAAAGACAAAAAAAAGAAAAAGAAAAGAAAAAAAAUCUCAUCACUUGAAGCCACCGGGAGCCUGCGGCCCGGGCCAGCCCGGGCUUUCUCCGGAGCAGAGCGGCGCUGCUGGCCCGGCAGCCAGGACUUCUCCGUGUACGUGCAUCCCCAGUCCCCGCUGGGGCGGGCAGGCCGCCAGAGCAGCUUUUUACAACCCAGAGACAAAACAAAAUCUAGAUGCAACAGCGAAACAAAGAACCCAUUUCCUUCCUGGCACCCGUUUCUGUCCCCUCCUUUCCUGCUCCGCCUGCCCGGCAUCAUCAGCCCUUCUGGGGCGUGUACCUCACUGCCUGCCCCAGGACCAGAGGCCUGUCUCCCCCUUCCCUCCCCACCGGCCCGGGGGAGACGUCUUCACACCCAAAGAUGCUUUGUCAAGAUGACUGCGCUGUCCCUUUGAGUUCCUACUUCUUGUAUAUUGCUUUGGGGACUCUAGCCGGGAAGAUGGGGCUGAUUUCCCACCUACAGAGGUUGAUGGCGGAAGGAAAAUGGGGAGGCACUGGGGUUGUGGAGGGCAUGGGUAUGGCUGAGGAGGGUGCUGGGAGCAGCAAGGCGGUCUGUCUGGGGGGGGAGGGGCAACGGUGAGAGAUCACCUUCCCUACCCUCCACCUUCCCUCAGGGAAGACGAAGCCAGGUGCCAGGGCUGGGGUCAGGACACCUAUGUUCUGGGGGGCUUGACCCCAAAUCCCAGACCCUGGAAGCUCCAGGCUCGGGAUGUCUCCUGAGCACCUCUCCGGGCCCCCUCCUCUCCAGCCUGUCAGCCCAGCCUCCCCAGCCCCCUCCCCUCAACUCUAGGGGUAGCGUAGCCCCAGGCCACCCUAGCCCAGCCCCUGCAUUGCCAUUUCCCCAGAGGUGGCCCCUCCACCUCUGCUCUGACCUCUCCCCGUCUCUCUGCCCCUCCUUUUCUCACAAGUGCCAUGAGUUUUCAAACAUCUUCGGGUCUCAGCCUGCUGCUGCCAUGAACUUUGUUGGGUUAAGGGGGAGGGGCUCUAGGAAGGAACUGGGGGGAAGGGGACAGGUAGGUGGCUGGAGGGACCCUUUUUGCUGCUAGAAAGCCCCUCCCUUCUCCUGGGGAGCUGGGGCUGGCUUGUCCCCAUCAAUUAGGGGAGAAGGGGUCAGACCAAAGAUGGUGGUUUGUCCCGAGUAAGGGAACAGGUGUGGGGAAGAGGUGGGGUUGGGUUCCAACUCUGGCUUUUUCUGGUAGAAAGGCCUAACCCAUUACACUAGAAGACCAUGGGUGAAGUCUAGAUGGGGAGGAGAAGUGAGGCCAGGGACAGUCUUGCCAGACGACUGAGGAGGGCAGGGGACAGUUCCAUGGCCCUUCCUGGACUGCACUAGGCUGGGAGCUCUGUUGGUGUGUGGAGGGGUGGUCAGAGGUCUGUGAAGAGCGGGCAAGAGGCAUGGGCAGGCGAGGAGCUGGCCCGUCCCGGGAAGCAGCCCAGCCUAUGGCUGCCCCCGAAACCAGGAGGAGGGCCGGGAGAGUUCUGGGGGGGCUGAGGCACACAGGGAGGCCCACUCCCUACCUGCCCAGCUUUCCUUGUAUCUCUGCAGACUUGGACAAUCAAAGGGAGAGAGGGUGUACCGGGUCCUGUUCCAGCCGGCAUAGCCCGGUGGCUUCCAGGCCUCAGAGCUGUGUGGCAGGGCCCCCUGCUGGGGCUGGACACCACUGCAGUCCAGUGCAAAGCCGCCCCCAGAGCCCAGGUGUCCCCCCCACCUAACCAGACCUGGUGCCUUGACGCCCCCACCCCAGCUGGGACGGUACAGAGAAGGGUCUUGGUUUCCUCUCCUACUCCCUUCCUUGGGCUCCUGAACUCAUUUGCUCCUAAAUCUUGUUAAUUCUUUUUCUCUGGAUUUUGGUUUCUUUUGGCUUUUCCUUGCCUUCCCCUUUCUCUCUGUCUCCAACUCUCUUUCCCCAUGUCUUUCUUGCUGUCUCUAUGUUCCUCUUCUCUCAUCCUCAACUUUCUGUCCAUUCGGGCCUCCUCCCCACCGCCCACGCCCCUAGCCCCUCCCUCCUUGGUCUCCUUUUCGAUAUGCCAAACCAAUUUUGGGUCGAGUGCAUUUAACGAGAACAAAACAAAAGGCUCAUAACAACAAGAACGUUUCAGAAAAAAACAAAAAGUUAAAAAAAAAAUGUUGAGUCAAAAAGUCAAACAAUAAAGAAAUUAAGAUUUCUUGGAAUGACAA